AUGGAAAGGGCCUCGGGACCAAUGGAAAGGGUCUCGGGACCAGACCAAUGGAAAGGGCCUCUGGGCCAAUGGAAAGGGCCUUGGGACCAAUGGAAAGGACUUCGGGACCAAUGGAAAGGGCCUCGGGACCAAUGGAAAAGACUUCGAGACCAAUGGAAAGGGCCUCGGGACCAAUGGAAAGGGCCUCGGGACCAGACCAAUGAAAAAGGCCUCUGGGCCAAUGGAAAGGGCCUUGGGACCAAUAGAAAGGACUUUGGGACCAAUGGAAAGGACUUCGGGACCAAUGGAAAGGGCCUCGGGACCAGACCAAUGAAAAGGGCCUCGGGAUCAAUGGAAAGGGCCUCAGGACCAAUGGAAAGGGCCUCAGGACCAAUGGAAAGGGCCACAGGACCAAUGGAAAGGGCCUCAGGACCAAUGGAAAGGGCCUCGGGACCAAUGAAAAGGGCCUCGGGACCAAUGGAAAGGGCCUCGGGACCAAUGGAAAGGGCCUCAGGACCAAUGGAAAGGACUCUGGCAGAAAGCUCUGGAAUUAGGGAAUUGUCAGAAAUCAAAUCUGAUACAUUUCCGAUACUGAAUAUUUAUGGCAUUCACAGUCACUCUCCGGCAAUAUUAGUGCUUGCUUCUCUUUCAUCGUAUUAUGUGAAUUUACUGAUAUUUUAUUCAUCUUCUGCUCUUUUAGCUUUUGCACCAAAUACAACUGCAGAUUCAGUCUAUCCCGUAUUAGUAGUAGAGGCUGCAACCUCAACAACGACUGGGACUACAACCUAUAACACAACUGUGACCACAACAGCAACUGAAACUACAACCUCAACUGAAUCUACACCAGCAACUGAAACUACAACCUCAACUGAAUCUACACCAACAACUGAAACUACAACCACAACUGAAUCUACACCAACAACUGAAUCUACACCAGCAACUGAAACUACAACCUCAACUGAAUCUACACCAACAACUGAAACUACAACCACAACUGAAUCUACACCAGCAACUGAAUCUACACCAACAACUGAAACUACAACCUCAACUGAAUCUACUCCAACAACUGAAACUACAACCACAACUGAAUCUACACCAACAACUGAAACUACAACCUCAACUGAAUCUACACCAGCAACUGAAACUACAACCUCAACUGAAUCUACACCAGCAACUGAAACUACAACCUCAACUGAAUCUACACCAACAACUGAAACUACAACCUCAACUGAAUCUACACCAGCAACUGAAACUACAACCUCAACUGAAUCUACACCAACAACUGAAACUACAACCACAACUGAAUCUACACCAACAACUGAAACUACAACCACAACUGAAUCUACACCAACAACUAAAACUACAACCUCAACUGAAUCUACACCAGCAACUGAAACUACAACCUCAACUGAAUCUAUACCAACAACUGAAACUACAACCUCAACUGAAUCUACACCAGCAACUGAAACUACAACCUCAACCACAACUAAAUCUACACCAACAACUGAAACUACAACCGCAACUGAAUCUACACCCACAACUGAAACUACAACCACAACUGAAUCUACACCAACAACUGAAACUACAACCACAACUGAAUCUACACCAACAACUGAAACUACAACCACAACUGAAUCUACACCAACAACUGAAACUACAACCACAACUGAAUCUACACCAACAACUGAAACUACAACCUCAACUGAAUCUACACCAACAACUGAAACUACAACCUCAACUGAAUCUACACCAGCAACUGAAACUACAACCUUAACCACAACUAAAUCUACACCAACAACUGAAACUACAAUCACAACUGAAUCUACAGCAGCAACUGAAACUACAACCACAACUGAAUCUACACCAGCAACUGAAACUACAACCUCAACCAAAACUGAAUCUACACAAGCAACUGGAACUACAAUUUCUACCACAACUUCAUCUAGAUUAGCAACUGAAACUACAACCGCAACCACAACCGAAUCUACACCAGCAGCUCGAUCUACAACCUCAACCACAACUGAAUCCACAACCGCAACUGAAUCUAGACCAGCAACUGAAACUACAACCUCAACCACAACUGAAUCUAGACCACUAAUGGAAACUACAACCUCUACCACAGCUGAAUCUACACCAGCAACUGGAACUACAACCUCAACCACAGCUGAAUCUAGACCAGUAACAGAAACUAUAACCUCAACCACAGCUGAAUCUACACCAGCAACUGAAACUACAACCUCUACAACAACUGGAUCAGUAUUAACUACUGAAACAUCAACUUCAACCACAAAUAAGUCCACAAUGACAACUGACACUACAACCUCAACUAAGACCACACCAACAACUGAAAGCACAAUCUCAACCACAAUUGAGUCCAUACCAACAGCUCAAACUACAACCUUAACUACAACUGAAUCCAUACCAACAACUGAGACUACAGCCUCAUCCACAACUGAGACCAAAGCAAUAACAACACCAACUGAGAUGUCAACUUCGACCACAGCUAGAUCCACACCAACAACUGAUUCUGCAACUUCAACCACAACUGAGUCCAUACCAAUGACUGAAUCUACAACCACAGCAACAAGUGGAACCACACCAAUAACUAAGAUUUCAACUGUAACUGAAUCCACAAUAACUGAAUCUACAACCUCAGCUACAACUGAGUUCACACAAACAACUGAGACUAUAACCGCAACAUCAACUAAGUCUGUAUUAACAAAUAACACCACUAUCCCAACUACAGCUGAGCCCAAACCAACAACUGAAUCUAGAACAUCGGCUACAACUGCUCCUAUAGUGCAAACCACAACAUCAUCAUCAUCCACCACUCCAGUACCAGAAACCACAACACCAUUUAUCAAUCCAAUUGUUCAAACCACAACACUACCUACCACUCCAACAGUGCAAAGCACAUCAUCACCUACCACUGACAAUACAACCUCAACCACAAUUGAGUCCAUACCAACAGCUAAGCUUACAAAUUCAACCACAGCUGAGUCCACCCCAACAACUGUCCCUACAACCUCAACCACAACUACAUCCACAGCAACAACUAGGACUACAACCUCAGCCACAACUGAGUCCACGCCCACAGCUCAAACUACAAACUCAACUACAACUACAGUGGUGCAAACCACAACACCACCUACCACUCCAGCAGUGCAAAGCACAAUGUCACCUACCACUCCAAUACCAACAACACCACCAACCGCUCCAGCAGUACAAAACACAACAUCAUCUACCAGUGACACUACAACCUCAACCACAACUGAGACCACACCAACAGCUGAAAGCACAACCUCAACCACAAUUGAGUCCAUACCAACAGCUAAGAUUACAAAUUCAACCACAACUGAGUCCACCCCAACAACUGACCCUACAACCUCAACCACAACUGAGUCCAUGCCCACAGCUCAAACUACAACCUCAACCACAACUGAAUCCAUACCAACAACUGAGACUACAACCUCGUCCACAACUGAGACCACAGCAAUAACAACGUCAACUGAGACCAUAGCUAGGUCCACACCAACAACUGACCCUGCAUCUUCAACCACAACUGAGUCCAUACCAACGACUGAAUCUACAACCACAGCAACAAGUGGAACCACAGCAAUAACUAAGACUUCAACUGUAACUGAAUCCACAAUAACUGAAUCUACACCUACCUCAGCUACAACUGAGUUCACACAAACAACUGAGACUAUAACCGCAACAUCAACUGAGUCUGUAUUAACAAAUAACACCACUACCCCAACUACAGCUCAGCCCAAACCAACAACUGAAUCUACAACAUCGGCUACAACUGCUCCUAUAGUGCAAACCACAACAUCAUCAUCUACCACUCCAGUACCAGAAACCACAACACCAUUUAUCAAUCCAAUUUUUCAAACCACAACACUACCUACCACUCCAGCAGUGCAAAGCACAACACCACCUACCACUGACAAUACAACCUCAACCACAAUUGAGUCCAUACCAACAGCUAAGCUUACAAAUUCAACCACAGCUGAGUCCACCCCAACAACUGUCCCUACAACCUCAACCACAACUACAUCCACAGCAACAACUAGGACUACAACCUCAACCACAACUGAGUCCACGCCCACAGCUCAAACUGUAACCUCAACCACAACUGACUCCAUACCAACAACUGAGACUACAACCUCAACCACAACUGAGUUCACGCCCACAGCUCAAACUGCAACCUCAACUACAACUACAGUGGUGCAAACCACAACAAUACAUACCGCUCCAGCAGUGCAAAGCACAACAUCACCUACCACUCCAAUACCAACAACACCACCAACCGCUCCAGCAGUACAAAACACAACAUUACCUACCACUCCAAUACCAACAACACCACCAACCGCUCCAGCAGUACAAAACACAACAACAGCUACCACUCCAGCAGUGCAAAGCACAACAUCAUCUACCACUGACACUACAACCUCAACCAUAACUGAGACCACACCAACAGCUGAAAGCACAACCUCAACCACAAUUGAGUCCAUACCAACAGCUAAGAUUACAAACUUAACCACAGCUGAGUCCACCCCAACAACUGUCCCUACAACCUCAACCACAACUGAGUCCACGCCCACAGCUCAAACUGCAACCUCAACUACAACUACAGUGGUGCAAACCACAACACCACCUACCACUCCAGCAGUGCAAAGCACAACAUCAUCUACCACAACCUCAACCACACCAACAACUGAAAGCACAACCUCAACCUCAAUUGAGUCCAUACCAACAGCUAAGCUUACAAAUUCAACCACAACUGAGUCCACCCCAACAACUGACCCUACAACCUCAACCACAGCAACAACUAGGACUACAACCUCAACCACAACUGAGUCCACCCCAACAACUGUCCCUACAACCUCAACCACAGCAACAACUAGGACUACAACCUCAACCACAACUGAGUCCACCCCAACAACUGUCCCUACAACCUCAACCACAACUACAUCCACAGCAACAACUAGGACUACAACCUCAACCACAACUGAGUCCACGCCCACAGCUCAAACUACAAUCUCAACCACAACUACAGUGGUGCAAACCACAACACCACCUACCACUCCAGCAGUGCAAAGCACAACACCACCUACCACUCCAAUACCAACAACACCAUCUACAAGCCAAUCUCCAUUUAAUUCCACAACUCCAUCUGCAAACUGGACCACAACUAAAUCUAGCUUCAGCAGCACACAGUACUCCUCUGUUGCAAGAGGUUCCCUCGUGCUGAAGGUCGCCAUGCGAAGUUCCACCGGCGUAGACACAAAUGUAUUGAACACUUUCGUACGACAGGCAUGUAAUAUGGUCUUCUCGGUGGUACACUCCGGACACAUCACAGUGACCUACGGGGGGAACAGGAUCUCCGUGGAAUGCUCUUCAGUCCUUCCCGUUAUCUAUUAGUCUGACCCCUCCCCAGAGGAUCCUAAUCAACGUUCUAUUCUAAUACAACACUGGGUGAAAAAUGGAAUCUCACUUUCCUUCGAUCAUUUGUAGGUUUUAUAGAAUACGCAUAGAGAUUGUUUAAAAAAAAUGAUACUAUAAGACUUUCACUGCCCAUCCCUACAAACCAGGAGUCAAUGGAAUGGCCAGCGCAACCAAAAACAGGAAGUCCCCUCCCCUGAGGAUCCAAGUGCUUCAUUCAAAACAGGCUGGACUCCAGUCCCAACUUAUUACAGAAUAUGCAUAGAGAUUAUUUAGAAAAAAUGCAAUGCUGUAAGGCUUUCACUGCCAAUCCCUACAAACCAAAAGUCAAUAGAAUGGCCAGCACAGCCAUUGGCCACCAGAUGGCACAGAAAAGGGAAGUCACCUCCUCUGAGGAUCUGAGUGCUUCAUUCAAAAGGGACUGGACUCCCAACUUAUUACAGAAUAUGCAUACAGAUGGUUUAGAAACAAUUUGAUACUUUAAGACUUUCCCUGCAUGCCAAAAGUUAAUAGAAUGGCCAGCACAGUCAUUGUUGCCAUUGGUCAUCAGGUGGACCUGAAAUCUGAAAGUCCCCUCCCACAAGGAUCUGAGUGCUUCUAUCUAAAAGGACUAGAGUCUCAAAAUAUGAGAAUUAGAAAAAUGUGAUACUGUGAGACUUUUACUGCUAAUCCCUACAGGCCAAAAGUUAAUAGAAUGGCCAGCACAGCCAUUGGCCACCAGAUGGCACAGAAAAGGGAAGUCACCUCCUCUGAGGAUCUGAGUGCUUCAUUCCAAACGGGCUGGACUCCCAACUUUUUACAGAAUAUGCAUAGAGAUGGUUUAGAAAAAGUAUAAUACUGUAAGACUUUCACUGCCAAUCCCUGCAGGCCAAAAGUCAAUAGAAUGGCCAGCACAGUCAUUGUUGCCAUUGGCCAUCAGGUGGACCUGAAAUCUGAAAGUCUCCUCCCCUGAGGAUCUGAUUGCUUCUAUCUAAAGGGACUAGAGUCUCAAAAUAUGAGAAUUAGAAAAAUGUGAUACUGUGAGACUUUUACUGCCAAUCCCUACAGGCCAAAAGUUAAUAGAAUGGCCAGCACAGCCAUUGGCCACCAGAUGGCACAGAAAGCAGGAAGUCCCCUCCCCUGAGGAUCUGAGUGAUUCAUUCAAAACGGGCUGGACUCCCAACUUUUUACAGAAUAUGCAUAGAGAUGGUUUAGAAAAAGUAUAAUACUGUAAGACUUUCACUGCCAAUCCCUGCAGGCCAAAAGUCAAUAGAAUGGCCAGCACAGUCAUUGUUGCCAUUGGCCAUCAGGUGGAACUGAAAUCUGAAAGUCCCCUCCCCUGAGGAUCUGAGUGCUUCUAUCUAAAGGGACUAGAGUCUCAAAAUAUGAGAAUUUGAAAAAUGUGAUACUGUAAGACUUUCAAUGGCAAUCCCUACAAGCCAAAAGUUAAUAGAAUGGCCAGCACAUCCAUUGUUGCCAUUGGCUACCAGGUGGCACUGACAGUCUCCUCCCCUGAGGAUCUGAGUUCUGCAUUUAAAAGGACCUGGAUUCCAGACUUUUUACAUAAUAUGCUUUCAUGUAAUUUGAAAAAAUGUGAUGCUCUAACAUGCGGGGCCCACUGAUUCCUCCGGUAUUCAAUUGUAAUGUAACUGUACUUUCUGCCUUCAUGUUGCAAUUUGCUGCGUAAACUGUUGGCGCCAUAUAAAUCCUGUAUACUAAUAAUAAUAAUACUGUAAGACUUUCACUGCCAAUCCCUACAGGCCAGGGAGUCAAUGGAAUGGCCAGCACAGCCAUUGUUGCAAUUGGCCACCAGGUGGCACUGGAAGCAGGAAGUCCCCUCCUCUGAGGAUCUGAGUGCUUCAUUCAACAGGGGGGUUGGACUCCCAACUUUUUACAGAAUAUGCAUAGAGAUGAUUUUAAAAUAUUAUACUGUAAGACUUUCACUGCCAAUGCCUACAGGCCAAAAAUCAAUAGAAUGUCCAGCACGGCCAUUGUUGCCAUUGGCCACCAGGUGGAGCUGAAAUCUGGAGGUCCCCUCCCCUGAGGAUCUGAGUGCUUCAUUUGAAAAGGAACUGGAUUCCAAACUUUUUACAGAGAUGAUUUGGAAAAAUGUGAUGCUCUCUAACGAGUAGGGCCCUCUGAUUCCUCCUGUAUUAAAUUAUAUUGUAAUUGUACUGUCCUCAUGUUGUAAAGAGCUGCGCAAACUGUUGGCAUUAUAUAAAUCCUGUACAACAAUAAUAAUAAUGUUAGACUUUCACUGCAAAUCCCUACAAGCCAGGAGCCAUUGUAAUGGCCAGCAUGGCCAUUGUUGCAUUUGGCCACCAGUUGGAACUGAAAGCAGGAAGUCCCCUCCCCUGAGGAUCUUCAUUCAUUCAUUCUCUGGGUGCUUCAUUCAAAAGGGGUUGGACUCCCAACUUAAAAAAAAAAAAAUCUAUAUAAUAAAAAUACUUAUCUUUUUAUAAAA